GACACCGCACAGCUCAGUCGACUAUCGUACCACCUCACCACUUACCGACCAUGCCAGCGCCCAGCACUCGUCGCAACACUAACCGCACGCGUUGCCGACUAACGGACUGCAACAAGUUCGCACAAACGCGUGGGCUUUGCAAGGCGCACGGCGGCGGCUCGCGCUGUCGCCAUCCCGACUGCCCCAAACUGGCCCAGAGCCGUGGCCUGUGCAUCGCCCAUGGCGGCGGCCGCCGUUGCAUUGUCGAGGACUGCAACAAGCUCGCACAGUCCAAGGGCCACUGCAUCUCGCACGGCGGUGGCCGUCGCUGUGCUAUUCCCCAUUGCGACAAGUUCUCGCAGGUCCGUGGCUACUGCAAGGCCCACGCCAAGGUGCUUAUGGUGUUCAGAUCUCCUUCGUCUCCUACCCACGCAGCACUCUUGACCCCACCGGUUUCUGCCCGCUGCAGCCCCAAUACGACCCUGUCUCCGGUCAACUCGAAGCUCUCCAUCGACUUUCUUGUGAACCCGUCGCUGCCUAACGAACAACCGUGCACGACGAAAACCAGAGUGCCAGCCUUUCAGGCUACACCACCAGCUCCGCAGCUUCCUAGCAUCGCAGCGAGUGGGCGUUCGCUGCUGUCAUUUCUCGAACCUACGUCAAGGACGGCGGCAUUGCCGCCGGCAUCCAGGUUGAAGUUACCAUCACUCACUGUCCGGCCGCUAGUACCCUACUACCGCUAA